AAAAUAAGUAUUUAAGUUCUUGUUAAGUGUAAAUAUUGCGUGUGUGCUAAAAUUAUACACAGUUCUAUUUUUAAAAUGUGUGUUAAGAUUUUAAUUAUUUUAAAAAUAAACAUCAGCUGUGCUUUGUUUACGUGCAGGGAAAGCUAAACAAAGCCAAUCGAAAAAGUGCUGCCAACUUCGUGCAGUUGUCAGUUUUGACAUUUACGCUUUUGUGGUUAUACCUUGUGUUAUUUUUAACAUUACGCCGAUUUUGCGCUUUUUUCAUAAAUAUUUUGUUAAAUUAAUAUUUAUUUAUUUAUUUGAUAGUAUAAUGGCAACUGAAGAAGAACAGGCUCAAGUCAUUCCCGUUAAAGAGCCACUUGAUCUGAUACGGUUGAGUCUGGAUGAAAAGGUUUAUGUUAAAAUGCGCAAUGAAAGGGAGUUACGUGGACGUUUGCAUGCAUUUGAUCAACAUUUAAAUAUGGUGUUGGGUGACGCAGAGGAAACGGUAACAACAGUGGAAAUCGAUGAGGAAACCUACGAGGAAGUAUAUAAAACAACCAAACGGAAUAUUCCCAUGCUAUUUGUGAGAGGAGAUGGUGUCAUUUUAGUUUCACCGCCAAUGCGUGUUGGUUAAAAUAUAUGUUUUUUUUUU